AACCCUUUUUAACUUGUUUCUUCUUCUUCUUCUUCUUCCUCUCGCGCCGUCGUUCAUUCUCUCUAAAACACGUGUUGUUCAAUCUUCUUCGUUUCGUUGUUAACUAUGUCGUUUGAAGAUGAUUUUGUGGAAGACGAUGAGAUGAACAUGAUUGAUGAAGACGUAGCAUCUGACUCCGAAGCAGAGUCUUUGUCAGAUUCCGAUUCAGAAAACGCGAUCACUGAGAAGCUAGCUGAGCCGACAAAGACUGCUGUCUACAACAGAGAUGGGCUUCUUGAUAAGCUUCAAGACAUAAGCUGGCCAGAAGAUGCUGAUUGGACUCAUAAGCUCACCGUCGAGAUUGAGCAAGGACAAGCCGUUGAUGUAAACGACGACCUCGCUAGAGAGAUGGCCUUCUACACUCAAGCACUCGAAGGGACGAGGCAGGCUUUCGAGAAGCUCCAGGAGAUGGGACUGCCUUUCCUAAGGCCGGCGGAUUACUACGCGGAGAUGGUGAAAUCAGAUACGCACAUGGAGAAGGUGAAGUCUAAGCUUCUGUACGAGAAGAAACAGAUGGAGGAGUCUGAGGAGAGGAGGAAAGCGAGGGAUAACAAGAAGAUGGCUAAGGAAGUACAGUCUCAGAAGAUGAAGGAGCGCGCUAAGCAGAAGAAGGAUGAGAUUGAGUCUGUCAAGAAGUGGAGGAAACAGAGGCAGCAGAGCGGGUUUAGUGAGAAAGGAGCAGGAGAGCUUGAUCUUGAGUUUGGAAAUGGGAAGAGUUUCCAGAGAGGAGGUGGUAAGAAGAGGCCGGGUGUGUCUCCUGCUGAUCGAUCAGGAGGUAAAGGGAAGCCUACUUCGAGGAUGAACAAUAAGAAGAGGGAGUUUAGGGACUCCAAGUUUGGUCAUGGUGGAAGGAAAGGGUUGAGCAAGCAGAACACUGCAGAGACGACGAAUGAUUUCAAAGGAGGGUUUCGUGGAGGCAAAGCUGGUGGAAACAAGAGACAGAAGAGAUAAACAAGGUUUGGUUAUCUAAACUCAUCUACAGUUUCAUCACUACAAACUAUUUUGUCAUCUUGGAUUAUGUUUUGAGAGAAUGUUUCUUUGAAUUUUUGUAAGGGUCUGCGGACCAAUAUAUUUUAGUUAAGAGUGUUGUACUAAAUGAUUA